AAACAGAAACUCUGCACUUCGGAUGAAGAUCAAGCUGAUGAUCCCUUCGAAGACGAAGAGGAAAUGGCAGUCCGAAUGGGCCUAAAGCCACGUUAUAUAGACUGUCCGGAAGAUGCUGAGUUCCGCGAGGCGUUAGAUCGUAUGACUGCCGAGGCCUUGCUCUCCACCGGUCCUGCCAGUGGACCGGCAGUCGGGGGGAGCACAACAGUAGUACCCGGUGCUCCCGAGAGUGGUCCCUUACGUCAACCGGUAGCACCCUCUCUCCCCGCACCGGAUAUUCUGCAGUUGGUAGCCACCCGUGCCCGUCCCCCGGGGGCACCGGGUACACUUCCAACCGGUAAACCUGCCAUGACCGCACCGGAUCACGCUAUGGCUUUAUUGUCUGCGGUUCAAGCUAAGCCGAUAGAGAAUGGCCCAAUAUCCGAGAUUGCAAGCGAACCGCAGCCCCCCGUGAAUUCGGAAAAUGCGCAGAAUCCAUCUGAUCGUGUGUGUAUUGGUAGAAGCAUUACUACCACAAUACCGUCAUGUUCANGCAACCGACCGCACAUGGUCCCACUGGCUGUUCCCGAAACGGUUCAGUUUGCCGCCCGAUUUAUGCAGGCGGAAGCUGCGGAACGGGAAGAAAAAGCACGCAUGAAGCAACUGGUGCUGGAAAUGCACGAGGCUCAAAAAGAAGAAGAAAUGGAAUGGGGUCAUUUCGGAAGUCAAGAUGCUGUAUUGGCUCAUCAGUUUCCAGUGAACGAUAAUCGGGAUCGAUGGGUGCGCUAUAAUCAUCCGAAAGGUGCUCCAGAUGCAGACGCUGUUUUCGGAACCUCAAGUUUUGCCGCUCGUUAG